AGUAUGCAAGAAAAAGGUCGAAUUGCCUUACUGCACGCAGUUCUAACUUUAAUGUUGUCGCAUGUUGCUGCCUUACAAGACGGACAUUUCGGGAUAUUGCAUGGAAUCCGCAUAAAGAAUCAUGUCCUAUCGGUGCAGUUUUCCCAUGUUCCAAACAUUCAGUGCUGUUUAAAAUGUUUACAACAUGGCGACUGUCACAGCGCCAAUGUCCACACGAGAGAAGGACUUUGUGAACUGAAUACUAGUAAGCUUGGACCUCGAGAUUCAGAAGCAGUUACGGAAUUUAACCAAUUUUGGUCUUUGUACUACAAAUCAAAUGUGGAGGACAGAGAACUAAUGCUUCGGGCGACAUCUGGUGUCGGGUUUAGCGUCAGAGACACUUGGUUAGGGACACUUCACCCACCCCCUCCCCAGGACGGGUGUAAAACAAUGGCGUCAGGAGCGUGUACUACACACUACAGGAAUCCCAAGGUCGAUGUCUGGAAGACUUUAUCUAUAUCUGAGGUAAUCAUAGAACUCUACAAGAACGGAUCCAGAGUUAUGUACAUGACCUUCAACGGGACUGGGUCUGACCUUGAGAGCUGGAUGUCCUCGUCCAGGCUCCUGACCAGUAGCUGGACAACGCUCUCUCCGACCAGAAAUUUUAUUUACUUUUCCGUCAAGGGGGAUCAGCCAUGCUCCCGUGUUUUCUUAAUUCUACAGAAUUAUGGUGGUUGCCCUCAAGACGCUGGGUGGUUCGUGGUUCUGGACCCCACCUCGUCUGACUGUUGUCCGGGUCAGUGGAGUGACCACCCAAAGAAACCUAAGUUUGUCUACUCCGCACUGGACAAUGUGGCCAGGUACCAGAGCCCCACCUUGUUUUUAUUUUUUUUAAUUUAUGGUACUGCCGGUGUUGUGGAGUAA